AAUCACCAGAUAACAGCUUAGGUUUUCCCCUGCCGUUGCUAUUUUGUUCUUCGUUAGAGAGUUAUUAAUUUUUUAUGCAUCCUACGUAUAAGCUUGGUAAAUUGGCAUUCUAAGUCGUAUAAACCUUUUCUGGUGAGGAAAAAAAUAUUUGGUUCGUUUAGCUGUUGCUGUGACUACAAUUCAUGGAUGGGCGGUUGGUUUGGCUAUGUGAAAACCGAUGAUUUCUGUGGAUUAUGUUUUUAUCAUUUUGGUUCUUUUAUAUUCAUCAUUUGUUCGUUCCUUUCAGAAUCUGAUUUGACAAGAAUAUUCUGUUUUUGGUGUUUCAGUUUAUUAAAAUUUGAUGGAUACCAAUAAUUGGAGACCUAAUCAGGGUACUGAAGCCAAUAUGGAUAAUAGUGAUUGGAGAAGCCAAAGAAUUGUCAACAAAUUAAUGGACACAUUAAAAAGACAUUUUCCUGUUUCUGGGCAAGAGGGAUUGCAUGAACUUCGGAAGAUUGCUCAAAGGUUUGAAGAGAAAAUUUUUACUGCUGCAACAACCCAGGCUGAUUAUGUACGGAAAAUAUCUCCGAAGAUGCUUGCAGCGGAGACUAACGCCCAAGGCACCGUGGCCCCCAACAUACGUCCAAAUAUGUGAUUGUGAUUGCAAGUGUUAUUGUAUUAACUCAAAUUAUUAUAAUUUAAGAUAAAACAUC